AUGAAGAAAAUUACUUGUUCCCUAUUAUUUACAACUCUCGCCUUAGCAGAUAAGAGUUGCAGAUUUGCACCAACAUUCGAUACCUCAAAUAUCGCUACAAAUCAAACUGCUAGAUAACUAUUUGUUCAAAAAGUUCUAGAAAUUGAGGGUAAAUUUAUGAGAGAAAUCGGAUAUGAUCACGAAACAGGACUGACUCAAAAGAAAAUUAUUCUCGACUCAAGAACUGGUGUCCCCAAGACUCAAGCUGAGUUCGGAUCAUCAGUCGUUUCAGAAGCUUAUCAACUAGCCAUUAUUGCGAAAGCUCUUAAUGGAGAAGUUGAUGCUCUUUCCAUUUAUCCAGAAAAUGAGGCUUUAUCAGUUCUAGCAAAGAAAAUGAAGACUCUUGAUUCAUAUAGACUCAACCAAUUGAUGAGUGAAUCAAAGGAUGAAAAAGAUUCUCACAAAUUCUUUAUCGCUCUACAAACUGUAAAGGAGGUAGUUGCUAAUAAAUAUCCAUAGCAAACUGAUAUCCAAAGGCAAUUAUAAAAUGUCAUCCAAACUUUAAUGGAUCCAAAUAACCAAUCAAACAACUCUCUUAACUUUAAACCUCUUUUGGGAGAAAUAGUUAGAUACUAUCUUACAGAACAAAAUUUAUUAGAUAUCACUGAGUCAACUCUAUUUUUGCCAUUACUAGAUAAUGAUUCUCUCAAGUAAAAGUAAAUAGAUAUGCUUCAAAAGUAAAUGUCCACAAGUGUCCAAGAUAUGUCUACCCAAAGAAUAGAUCUAGUGUCACUAUUCUAAAUUGAUGAAAAAACCGCAUCAGCAUGGCUUCACAAUACUUUACUAGUGCCAGCUACACAAACACUCUAUGGUGUAGCAGAUCUUACAACAAAUGAUGAUAUCCCAACUUUGAGCUGGGAAACUAAAGGUCCAAUGAUCUUAUCAAUGCUUGGAGGACUCUAAGAUAUUGUUAGAUAGACUCUUAAAUCAAAUAAUCUCUAUGAUGAAUUCUUAAGCAAACUUCCAAAAUUAGAAGUUCAACCAAAGUAGCUAUAAGACUUCAAUAUUCCAACAAAGAUUGGCUUUAGUAUGAAGCAAGACUUCACCUCUUGCAGACUUAUGGAUUUCCCAGCUGACUUUGCUUUUGGAACUGCUACAGCUGCUUUCCAAGUUGAGGGAGCCUCAAAGACUGAUAAUAGAGGUCCUAGCAUUUGGGAUGACUUCUGUGCUAUCCCAGGGAGAAUAGCAAAUGGAGACACUGGUGAAGUUGCUGAUGAUUUCUAUCACAAAUAUUAACAAGACAUUCUCAUGAUGAAAAAUCUUGGAGUGAAGCACUUCAGAUUGUCUUUCUCUUGGUCAAGAAUACUUCCAACUGGAACCAUUGAUAAUGUGAAUCAGAAGGGAAUAGACUUCUAUAACAAUGUCCUUGAUGCUCUCAUCGCUGCAGGAAUUUAACCAUGGGUUACCCUUUUCCAUUGGGACUUGCCAUCAGCCCUUCAAGGUAAAGGAUCAACUGAUGCAUGGUUAGGAGAUAAAAUAAUUAACCAAUUCAAUGAUUAUGCUGAUCUCUGCUUCAAAACUUUCGGUCCCAAAGUAAAGAGAUGGUUAACUUUCAACGAACCAUGGACCUUCACAUGGCUCGGAUAUGGAACUGGUGGUAACGCACCUGGCAGAUGUACUCAAGGGGGCUACAGAAAUGAUUGUCAGACAGUUGGUGGAGGUGGUGACUCAGGCAAAGAGCCAUAUAUCGUCACUCAUAAUGUCAUUUUGUCUCAUGCUACUGCUGUUAAAACCUAUAGAGAUAAAUAUCAAAAGGAUCAAGGUGGUCAAAUCGGUUGGACUCUUAACACAGAUUUCGCAGAGCCAUAUGAUCCAUCAAAUCCAGACGAUGUUAAGGCUGUAGACACCAAAGUAGCUUUCGAAUUUGCUUGGUAUAUGGAUCCAAUCGUCUUCGGUAAAUAUCCAGAUGUUAUGGUUGCUUAAAUCGACAAUAAUAGACUCCCAACUUUCACAGCAGAUUAGCAGAAACUUAUUAUGGGAAGUUAUGAUUUCAUUGGAAUUAACCAUUAUACUUCAACAUAUGCAAAAGCAGUUGUAACUAUAGAUACUGAUUGGAGCUCUGAUUCAAAGGUUUGGUCUACUGCAACUGGUCCAGAUGGUAAACUUAUAGGGCCUUAAGCUCAAUCCCCUUGGCUUUUUGUUUAUCCACCAGGAAUUAGAAAGUUAAUGAAGUGGGUUGAUGCUAGAUAUAGUACUCAAUAAAAAAAGCAAUAACUUAUUGUUUUCGAGAAUGGAGUCAGUGUUCCAGGUGAAACUGAAAUGACAAUCGCUCAAGCGGUUCAUGAUGAUUUCAGAGUAAAUUUUUACAAAGGAUAUAUUCAAAACUUGAGAGACGCCAUUACUCUUGAUGGAGUUGAUGUAGUUGGAUAUUUUGCAUGGUCACUUAUGGAUAACUUUGAAUGGGAUGAUGGAUAUAAUGUCAGAUUUGGAAUGGUUUAUGUUGAUUACAAGAAUAAUCAAGCUAGAUAUGUUAAGGAUUCCAUUCUUUGGUAUUCUCAGUUCAUGCAAACUCAAGAUUUUAAUGCUGUUUAUCACAACCCAUAUGAUGAUAUGAUCAAGAAUCAAACACAUUAACCAACUAUCAAUCACUAGAAAUUCCUUGAAAUUCAAUGA